AGUUAAACCGGAAGUGGUCAAUGGUGUUAACCUGUGCUCUACCCAUACCUCGUCCUAUUCCCGAAGCAUUCGGUGCUUGUUUGUUUCAUAGGAGUGCUCCAAUCCAGUUUGCAUCGCUCAUACGCUUAACUGUCAGUUUACUCCUCAAUUUCAUCUCGCAUAUCUCUUGUAAGGGUUCCGGAUCAUCUCAUUUCUAUCUACUAUUGAGUUGAAUUGAACCAUUGAUUCCAAAUCUAGGUUUUAACCUACACUUGUUGUUUUGAACAACUUGAAUUCCGUUUUACACCACAUUGGUGUUCUAUAUGUUGGUUGUAGUUUCUUAAUGGGUGAUUUUGAAAUUCCCCAAUGGCUAAAGGAUUUGCCGUUAGCACCGGAAUUUCGACCGACCGACACAGAAUUUGCAGACCCAAUUGCGUAUAUUUCAAAAAUUGAGAAGGAAGCUAGUGUUUUCGGAAUUUGUAAAGUAAUUCCUCCAUUACCCAAACCUUCUAAAAGAUUUGUUUUCAAUAACCUAAAUAAAUCUCUUUUAAGAACUCGCGAAUUGGGUUUGGAUCUUAAUUUGACGGAACCUACUGAUUCCUCGAAGAGGGGUUCGAUCAAUAGAGCUGUAUUCACCACCAGGCAACAAGAAUUAGGUCAAGAUUCAAAGAGAAUUAGGGUUUCUGUUGAUUCCUCACAACCUGGCUCUCAGAAGCAAGUAUGGCAAAGUGGGGAGUUUUAUACACUCGAACAGUUCGAAUCCAAGUCCAAAGCAUUUAGUCGAAGAGUUUUAGGCUCGAUUAAGGAUGUUAGUCCACUUGUUAUUGAAACAUUGUUCUGGAAAGCCGUGUUGGAGAAGCCUAUAUAUGUAGAAUAUGCAAAUGAUGUACCGGGUUCUGGGUUUGGGGAACCGGAAGGAAUGUUGGGUUACUCCUGUACUCAUAAGAAGAGAAGAAAAUUAUGCUCUAAAACUCAAGGAGGGAAAUCAUACUCUUACUGGGGGCAAUCAAGUGUAAAUGAUGCAAGAAAUUUGCCUGUUGAGGUGGAAAUUGAACCAUUAAUCUCGGAUUUAAGACCUUUUUCUGAGUCCGGAAAGGAAUCAAUUGAUCAAUCAAAUUCGUCAUUCGAUGAUUCAUCACACUCUAAGAAGAGGGGAUUGUGUGCUGAUGCUGAACUUGAAGGAACUGCUGGAUGGAAGCUAUCAAAUUGUCCUUGGAACCUACAAGUAAUUGCGCGGUCAGCUGGCUCCCUUACUCGGUUUAUGCUCGAUGAUAUUCCUGGGGUUACUUCUCCAAUGGUUUACAUUGGUAUGUUGUUUAGCUGGUUUGCAUGGCACGUUGAAGAUCAUGAGCUUCAUAGCUUGAACUUUUUGCAUACUGGCUCACCAAAAACAUGGUAUGCUGUACCUGGGGAAUAUGCAUUUGCUUUCGAAGAUGUUAUACGCAAACAGGCUUAUGGAGGUGAUCUUGACCAUUUGGCUGCAUUGAAACUUCUUGGUGAGAAGACCACUCUUUUGUCACCUGAACUAGUUGUUGCUUCUGGUAUUCCAUGCUGCAGGUUGGUACAGAACCCUGGUGAAUACGUUGUGACGUUUCCAAGGGCUUAUCAUAUAGGAUUCAGUCAUGGCUUCAACUGUGGGGAAGCUGCUAACUUUGGUACUCCUCAAUGGCUCACUAUAGCAAAGGAAGCUGCUGUUCGUCGAGCUGUCAUGGAUCAACUGCCAAUGCUCUCCCAUCAGCAAUUGCUGUACUUAUUGACGAUGUCUUUUAUAUACUGUGUACCAAGAACUCUGCUUCCCGGUGCACGAAGUUCUCGUUUGAAAAACCGAUUGAAGGAAGAAAGAGAGCAACUGGUCAAGAAAGCUUUUAUUGAAGAUAUACUCGAGGAAAAUUAUUUAUUAAAUACUCUCAUUGAAAACAAUUCUGCAAUUCGUGCUGUGUUAUGGCACCCUGAUUCACUGCCAUCAUUUACUGAGCUGUCUUCAGUUGGAACUGUGUUGGAUACUGAGCUGUCUGUUCCAUCCCUGAAGCCAGUGACUCAGGAUAUUCACCCCCUAAUUACUGAUAGGAGAACUUCAAAUGACUUGUAUUUGGACAGUAAUGAUCUUUCAUGUGACUUCCAAAUUGACUCCGGAACCUUGGUGUGUGUGGCCUGUGGAAUUCUUGGAUAUCCAAUAAUGUCAGUGGUACAACCAUCAAAACAAAUAUUAAUGGAAAAAUGUUCUUCUGAAGAGGUUCUUCAUAUCCCACUACUGCCAGAUUCAUGUAUCAAGAAUGUUUUUCCUGAAACCUAUAAUGAGGAGAGAUGGGAUAAUUCUGGUUUCCUGAGACCACGCAUUUUUUGCCUUGAGCAUGCUGUUCAAGUGGAAAAGCUAUUGCAAUCCAAAGGUGGAUCAAAGAUGCUUGUAAUCUGCCACUCCGAUUAUCAAAAAAUAAAGGCAAAUGCCAGAGCUAUUGCAGAAGAGCUCAAAACUUCAUACAAUUAUAAAGAGGUCCAACUCGAUACUGCUUCCCAGGAAGAUUUGAAGAUAAUUGAUAUUGCAAUUCAUAGCGAGCAGCUUACUGAUUUCCAAGAAGACUGGACAUCAAAACUUGGAAUCAACCUACGCUUAAGCGUAAAGACCAGAAAAAGUUGUCUGCCAACGAAGAUAGAGCAUGCGCUAAAUAUUGAUUAUUUACUUUCUAUUAUGUCUCCUGUUACUAGGUUCUCAAAAAUCAAAUGGUGUUCCAGAAAAUCCCGUACUAAACGGGAGUCAAAUCAUAAAAGACUUGAUGGAAAUCUCUGUAAGAAGGAUACAAUUGAGGUGUCCGAUUCUAUGGAAAUACGAGGAAAGAUACUUCUCCAGUAUUAUAGGAAGAAGUAUAGGGUUAAAAUGCAAUUAGUAGCUAGGGAAAGUUUAGCUCCUAUGUGUAGUUCGGCUUGUUCAAGGGGAGAAACCGACACCAAUUGUCGGAAGAUUAAUGAAAUCGAUGAGCAGGGAAGUUCAAAGACUCCGUGUUACAAGAAAGCAGAGGCAGAUUCUGAAAAAUGUUCCGUGGUAAGUCAAGAGGCCGAGGAACCAUAUGCAAACAUAUAUCCUACUAGUAAUGAAACUUCUGAAAUGCUGGUAACAACAUGUACCGAGUCAACUGCUACAGUUGAGGUAGAUAUGCCUGUCCUCCCUGUUGAUAGCCUCAACGAUACCUCUCAAAUGGGUUUGCGAGCUUCUUCAUUGUCAAAUGAGCGGGAAGAAAAGGGUAAAAGAAAAGGAAAGAGAAUAAUAGAGGUGCAAAACGAUGCGGAAGAUAACUUUAUAAGAAGUCCGUGUGAAGGCCUAAGACCGAGAAAGAAUAAAGGGGGUGCAGUUCACACAGAACAAGAAAAGUCUCGGACCAAGAAGAAAAAGAAAUCUUCUGAUAAAAGAAUUACGUACCCAUGUGACUACGAGGGCUGUCGAAUGUGUUUUACGACAAAGGGUGAUCUCUUGUUACACAACCAAAAUAGAUGCCAUCACAAGGAAUGUGGGAAAGCAUUCAGGUCCCAUAAGUAUGUGGUUCUUCAUCAGCGGGUUCAUGAUGACGAAAGGCCACUGAAGUGCACGUGGGGGGGAUGUGCUAUGACUUUCAAAUGGGCAUGGGCGAGGACGGAACACAUGAGAUUACACACUGGUGAACGUCUGUAUCAGUGUAAGAUUAAAGGUUGUGGACUUACUUUCAGGUUUGUGUCCGAUUUCAGCCGCCACAGACAGAAAACUGGACAUCUCAUGACUCCCCCUCCGAAAUGAGGCUUCUUUUGUUUGUUUAAUGAUUACUGAAGUUUAGAUUAUGAAGGAUGGUGGUAGCUGGGUUAAUGACAAGAUGUACAGAGUUCUGCUUAGCAUUAGAUUGUAAAUUGAGUGAAAUCUAUGAUUCUUACUUUAACGCAUCAUCUUAGUUUUUGAAGAUUUUCGAGUCGACUUGAACAUUAGGCGAUUCAUGUUCUUUUCUUGGUUUUUGCGAGCUUAUUUUAGUUUCCCUUGCCCUUCUUAAUUCUAUCUUAUGCUUCAAUUUCUUCAGGACGGGACAUUAAAGGUUCAAACAUUAUGUUUGGAUAGUAAAUUAGAAGAGGAGGAAAAGGACGAGUGUACUCUGUGCUUGUGCUUGUUUAAGAGGGGAGGGAACGAUGAAAGGAAAAUCAGCAUUUUCCAUUCAUAUUUUCCCACUUUAAAAGAUAGUGUAUUCUUGAUAAAAUUUGUUUGUAUUUUUUCUUCAAACUCCUCCCCUUUAAAUCUGCAACAACUAUGGAAUUUUUGAAAAAGUUAAGCGAAAAAAAUAAAUAAAUUUAUUAACCGAAAAGCCAAACUAUUUCAAAAACUAAGCGUGAAACUCCCAGAC